UAAAACAAAGACAAGAAGCGACAAGAUAACUCGGCGGGGACUGGUGCGUAGUAGCAUGAGGUAUGAACAAUGCAAACGCUGAGCUGAUCUGCCUCUCUCUGCUGAGCAAAUGCAAGUCCCUCAAAACCGCCAACCAAAUCCACGCCUUCGCAUGCAAGACCGGCGUCGACUCCGACCCUUUAUUCGCCGGAAAACUCCUCCUCCACUCCGCCGUCGCCAUCUCAGAGGGCCUCGACUACGCCCGCCGUCUUCUCUCCCAUUUCCCAAACCCGGACGCCUUCAUGUACAACACCCUCAUCCGAGGAUUUUCCGAAUCCGAUAAUCCCUGCAACGCUUUCGCUACCUUCAAAGAAAUGCAUAGAAAAUCGGUCUCGCAAUUCGAUAGCUUCUCUUUCGCUUUUGUUCUUAAGGCGGCGGCGAAUCUGCGGUGUUUGCAGGCUGGGGUUCAGCUCCAUUGUCAAGCUCUGGCUCGUGGGCUCAAUACCCAUCUCUUCGUUGGGACGACUCUGAUUAGCUUUUAUGCUGAAUGUGGGUGUUUGGAGUUUGCACGGAAGAUGUUCGACGAAAUACCCCAACCAAAUGCUGUCACUUGGAAUGCGAUUCUCACGGCUUGUUUCAGGUGUGGUGAUUUAGAGGGUGGAGAGGCGUUGUUUGAGCGGAUGCCUGUGAGGAAUUUGACGUCGUGGGAUGUCAUGCUCGCAGGGUAUGUCAAGGCAGGCGAGCUCGAGCUGGCGAGGAAGGUGUUUUCGAGGAUGCCAGUGAAGGACGACGUGUCAUGGAGUACUAUGAUUGUUGGGUUUUCUCAGAAUGAAUGUUUUGAUGGGGCUUUCGAGUUUUUUAGAGAGCUUCGUCGGGCGGGAUUGAGGCCCAAUGAGGCGAGCUUGACGGGGGUGCUCUCUGCAUCGGCGCAGGCUGGGGCGUUUGAGUUUGCAAAAAUCCUGCAUGGUUUUGUUGAGAAGGCUGGAUUUCUGUGGUUGGUUUCAGUUAAUAACGCACUUUUGGAUAUGUAUUCCAAGUGCGGGAACGUUGGCAUGGCUCGGUUAGUUUUCGAAACAAUGACGGUGGAAAAGAGCAUUGUGUCUUGGACAUCAAUGAUUGCUGCUCUUGCAAUGCAUGGUUAUGGCGCGGAAGCUAUACGGCUUUUCCAUAAGAUGGAAGAUUCCAGGAUUAGGCCUGAUGGGAUCACCUUCAUUUCAAUUUUAUAUGCGUGUAGUCAUGCGGGCUUGAUUGAAGAAGGAAGUAGGUAUUUCUCGAAGAUGAUAGAUAGUGGUAUAGAACCUAGCAUUGAACAUUAUGGUUGUAUGAUUGAUCUUUAUGGCCGAGCGGGUAAACUGCAAAAGGCAUAUGAUUACACGUGUCAAAUGCCGAUUUCUCCCAAUGCCAUCAGUUGGAGGACCCUUUUAGGGGCCUGCAGCCUUCAUGGCAAUGUUGACUUGGCGGAACGGGUGAAGGAAAGGCUUUUUGAACUUGAUCCAAACAAUUCGGGUGACCAUGUUCUCUUGUCAAAUGCAUAUGCCGUCGCGGAGAAAUGGAAGGAUGCUGCAGCUGUUAGAAGGUCAAUGCGCGAGCAACGGAUGAAAAAAUCUCCUGGUUGGAGCAUGAUUGAAGUUGACAAGCUAGUUUAUAGUUUCAUGGCCGGCGAAAAGAAAAACAAGAUCGCGGAAGAGGCUUACGGGAAGCUGAAGGAGAUAAUGUUGAAACUUCGUGCAGAGGGAGGAUAUGUCCCGGAGAUUCGUAGUGUUUUGCAUGAUAUAGAAGAUGAGGAAAAGGAAGACUCAGUGACCAGGCACAGUGAGAAACUUGCUGUAGCUUUCGGGAUGGCAAGAUUGCAAGAAGGCAAGGAUAUAAGAAUAGUGAAGAAUUUGAGGAUUUGUAGAGAUUGUCACAUUGUGAUGAAGCUUAUUUCCAAGGUUUAUGGGGUGGAAAUAGUGGUGAGAGAUAGAAGCCGCUUUCACUCUUUCGUAGCCGGCUCUUGUUCAUGUAGAGAUUAUUGGUGAAUCAGGAAAUUUGAGACUGAUGAAUUACUUGAAAUUAAAGUACAAGAUUAACAGAACAAGUGAAUAAUUAUUAAGCAAGGAUGAAAGAGAAUACCGUGAGGUAGACACUAGGUCAAUAAUGAAAGCAUUGA